CGUGUGCCGCCGCGUAGGGUCCCGGUGGUUGCGAGGACGGGUGCUGAGUGCUGCGGAAGGGAGGGGUGCGGCGUUUGGAAGGCGGUUCGGUGGGAGAUCUGGUGAGCGGGCAUGCAGCAGGAGCAGCGCAAGAAGAGUUCUGCAGAGGCCGAUUUCUUCACAGAAUAUGGAGAUGCAAACCGGUACAAGAUCCAAGAAGUCAUUGGUAAGGGAAGCUAUGGGGUUGUGUGCUCGGCCAUUGAUCUGCACACUCGACAGAGAGUGGCCAUAAAGAAGAUACACAAUAUAUUUGAGCACGUCUCUGAUGCCGCAAGGAUCCUUCGUGAGAUCAAACUUCUCAGACUCCUAAGGCAUCCUGACAUUGUCGAGAUCAAGCACAUUAUGCUACCUCCCUCAAGAAAGGACUUCAAGGAUAUUUAUGUUGUUUUCGAACUUAUGGAGUCUGAUCUCCACCAAGUUAUAAAGGCCAAUGAUGACUUGACGAAGGAGCAUUACCAAUUCUUUCUCUAUCAACUACUCCGGGCCCUCAAAUACAUUCAUACUGCUAAUGUUUAUCACCGUGACCUGAAGCCCAAGAACAUUUUAGCUAACUCUAACUGCAAACUGAAAAUAUGUGACUUUGGACUAGCACGAGUUGCAUUCAACGAUACCCCAACAACAGUGUUCUGGACGGUUCGGAAUGAGAAAGCAAGAAGGUACUUGAGCAGCAUGAGAAAGAAAGACCCGGUUCCAUUUUCUCAGAAGUUUCCCAAUGCAGAUCCUUUGGCACUUAAACUAUUGGAAAAGCUAUUAGCAUUUGACCCAAAGGAUCGUCCAACUGCAGAAGAGGCAUUGCGUGAUCCAUACUUCAAAGGUCUUGCCAGGGUUGAAAGAGAACCAUCCUGUCAGCCAAUAAAAAAAGUGGAAUUUGACUUUGAGCACAAAAGAAUGUCAAAGGAAGAGAUAAGGGAGUUGAUAUUCCGGGAGAUACUGGAAUAUCACCCACAAUUGCUGAAUAGCUACAUAAAUGGCACGGAGAGGACAACCUUUCUCUACCCCAGUGCUGUUGAUCAAUUUAAGAAGCAGUUUUCUCAUCUUGAAGAAAGCGGUGGUAAUGGCACAUCAGUUCCAACGGAUAGAAAACAUGCAUCCCUUCCCAGGACUACUGUUGUUCACUCGAAUCCAAUUCCUGCCAAGGAGCAACCUCUUGCUACCUCAUCGAGGGUUAGACCAGUCUCUGAUGAUUCAUGUAAGAAUCCUUGGGAGAAAGAAAGAGGUCCUGUAAAUGUUCCCAGGGCAUCUCUGCCUCCACAGGGGCUGCAAGCACAAGCAGCAGGACCAGGAAGAGUUAACGGCUCAGUGAUGAAUUCAGGAUAUCCCCACCAACAAAUCCCACAAGCAUACGGUUACCAUCAGGUGCCUGCAAGAUUAGACAGUACCAAUCAAUCACAGGCCAUAGGUGGUUAUACAAUGCAUUCCCAGGCCAAUGCUUGUGCAAACAGCAAAGGCACGGCUGAUGUCGCUGUAAACAUGAGAGCACCCCCGUUCCACGUUCCAGCUGGCCCCAAGAAUAACCCGCUAGAUAGAAUAGCAUCAGGAACUGACAUAUACACGAGAUCUCUUAACGGAAUCGUUGCCGCCGCAGCAGCAUCAGUUGGCACUGGUACUGGUACUCACAGAAAUGUUGGUGUCGUGCCCUCCGCCAUGUCAAGGAUGUAUUAGCUCGCUGCAGCGGUUGCAAAUCUUAGCUAUAUAUUGUCACAGGUUCUUCAGGACUAGCCUGGAAAGAAGUGGUAUAUGAUAUAAGAAAUUCAUAAGAGGUGGCCCCAAGAGUCUUCGGGCUCCUGUCCUCUUUUACAUGUUUGUACGCCAUCUAUCCAGGCGAAAAAAGGUGCCCAUUUGUGCACAACUGAAGUAUCGAUUAAUUGAUUUAUUUGAAUGGAAAUUACUACUUAUUAGAGUAGAA